UUCAAAAUAAUAUGAUCUAAUGAAUAAUUACAGAAGUCAUUGGAAAUUUUCUCCCAAGUAGAAGCAUCAAGCUAAGCCUAAUAAGCUAUUUUGAUUUUCUUAUAGCUGUGAUGGGAGGUGCAUGAGGUCCUUUCAUGCAACUGAAGAGGAUGGUGAUUGUUUCUCGCUCGGUCUCUCUAAAGAAGAAGUAGAUGCAAUUGAAACCUUUAUUUGCAAGAAUUGCGAGUACAAACAGCACCAGUGCUAUGCUUGCGGGAAUUUAGGUUCAUCUGAUCAGUCUUCUGGUGCUGAGGUCUUCCAAUGCGUAAAUGCAACUUGUGGUUAUUUUCAUCAUCCUAAAUGUAUUCAAGAUUGCUUCAUCUGGGAGAAUAAAGUUGCCGCUGGAGACCUUGAGAAGAAGAUUGCAUCUGGAGAAUCUUUCUCAUGCCCUGUGCAUAAGUGCUCUGUUUGUGCGCUCGCGAAAAUAAGAAAAUAUGGGAACUACAGUGUGCUGUUUGUCGACGGUGUCCAAAAUCAUACCACAGGAAAUGCUUACCAAGGAAAAUCACUUUUGAAGGUUCUGAGGAUGGUGAAACCCCGACCAGGGCAUGGGAAAGAGCUAUUACCUAAUCGCAUUUUGAUAUAUUGCUUGGACCACGAGAUUGAUGAAGAAAUUGAGACUCCUGCUAGAGACCAUAUAAAAUUCCUGGUCUUGAAGAGAGUAGGCUUCCCAUUCAGAAAAGGAAACUUCCUAUCAGUGAUACAAGACGAGGGAAGACGAUAGUUUUCGUGGGAGUAGGGAGAAUGUUGUAUCAAAGAAGGGAUCUAUGCCAGAUGACCUUCAGGGAAAAUCUGCUGCAAAAGUAUCCAAAUCAUUUGAGAG